AUAGAAGAAGAGGAAGCUUCGCACUGACUUGAUGGGAGUAUUCACAAGUGAAGAAACACUUCUGAUCUUUUAUUUUAUUUUAAAUGUCCUUUAAGUUAAUUUUUGCAUUUGUCUUUUAAAACAAAAAUACAAAUCUGAAUAAAAAUGCAUGUUUUGUUUUCCAUUUCCGUUUAUAUUUACCGUAUUGCACACUCCAGUCCACUAGGUGGCGGUAAUGCGCCUCUUAAAUGACCUACCGCCAAUAACCAUGGAAGAAGAAUAUGUUUACAGACGAAGAAGAAGAAGAAGCUUCGCAGUGACUUGAUGGGAGUAUUCACGUGUUUACAAAUAAUAAUAACUAUCUUCUGUGAACCGUUAUUGACAGUUGACGUUACCGGCGUAGUUUAACGACCACAGCUCGCGCGUCCCGCUCCUGGUGUCCUCCUCCGGCCCCCGGGGACCUCAUGUUUCACCGCCUCCCCGCUGUCCUCGCGCUGCUCCCCCGCCGCCUGCUGCUCGCCUCCUCCUCGCCGAGGACUCUGACCGGAGCCCCCCGGAGGAUGGAGCCCGCCGCGGUGAGGUGUCUCCCCGGGGAGCCGAAGCUCACCAUCUCCUUCCGGCUGGACGGUACCAACAAGUGCAUGCUGCGGGACCAGGACGAGCCUCUGGGCAAGGUGCUGGCCCGGAUCUCCAACGGCCUCGCCAAGAGCCAAGAGAAGACGAGGAAGUCGAAGAAGAAGAACAAGGGCCAGACCCCGCCCCCCCCGCAGCAGCAGCCUCCACCCGCCGUGAAGCUGCACUACGCCGGGGAGGAGGUGGCCGACACGGUGCCGAACUCCGCGGCGUGGCGGGACGGAGCCGUGCUGCGGGUGGGUGACGUCACGUUCUCGGUUCGCAGGAACGCGCCCACGCUCGUCACCGUGGAGCUCCCGGGCUCCCUGCUGGCCGGGUUCCCGGUGUGUCCCCACCUGCAGGUGGAGUUCGGCACCCUGGAGGACUGCGAGGUCACGUGGUAUAAAGAAAAUGCCCCGAACGCGAGUCCCGACGCUGCAGCAGAACCUCCGCGUUGGACCGAGGUCGGACGCGGCCGAGUCCACGUCCCGUCCAAUCACGACAUCGGCCUCCGGCUCAAGCUGCGCUGCACGCCCAGAGACGGCGGGGGGCGCGUCGGCGAGGCCAAGGAGCUGGUGUCCGCGGGCGCCGUGGAGGCCGGGCCGGGCGCCUGCACCUUCGACAACCGCCACUCGUACACCCUCAGAGAGGCGGCGUGGCCGUUGGUGCGCGUGGCGACGUAUAACAUCCUGGCCGACGUCUACGCCCAGACGGAGCUCUCCAAGACGGUGCUCUACCCGUACUGCGCCCCCUACGCCCUGCAGCUGGACUACAGGCAGAGCCUCAUCAAGAAGGAGCUGGCCGGAUACAACGCCGACAUCCUCUGUCUGCAGGAGGUCGACAAGGGGGUGUUCACGGACAGUCUGACUCCGGCUCUGGAUGCCUUCGGCCUGGAGGGCGUUUUCAGGAUUAAAGAGAAGCAGCACGAAGGACCGGCCACUUUCUACCGCAGGUCAAAGUUCAAGCUGCUGAGCCGUCAUGACAUCGUGCUGAGCGAGGCGCUGACCUCUGACCCCAUCCACGCCGCGCUGCUGGAGAAGGUUUCUGCUAACCCGGCUCUGAAGGACAAGAUGCUGCGGAGGUCCACCGUCCUGCAGGUCAGUGUGCUGGAGGACCUGAAUAAACCCGGCAGGCAGGUGUGCGUGGCCAACACUCACCUGUACUGGCACCCGAAAGGAGGGAAUCUUCGUUUGAUCCAGAUGGGCGUGGCCAUGCGACACCUGAGCCACGUGAUCAGCGAGGUCACACCCGGAGCCCCUCUGGUCUUCUGUGGUGACUUUAACUCCUCCCCUCACUCAGGUGUGUUCCAGCUGCUCAGCGAGACGGUGGUUCCUCCGCAACACGCCGACUGGAGCAGCUCCGGUCCGGAGGAGUCGUGCAGCAUGGAGCUGCGCUCCGCCUUCCCCCCCCUGCUGAGCGCCUGCGGCCAGCCGGCCUACACCAACUACGUGGGAGGAUUUCACGGCUGCCUGGACUACAUCUUCAUCCAGCCGGGCAGCAUGCAGGUGGAGCAGGUGAUUCCUCUGCCCAGCCACCAGGAGGUCACCACCCACGAGGCUCUGCCCAGCGUCGCUCAUCCCUCCGAUCACAUCGCCCUGAUCUGUGACCUACGCUGGAACCCGUAACCUAUGACCUUUUUUUUUUUUUUUUUUAAACCAUCAAAAAAAAGAUGGAGAACCUCGUCACCCAGAAGCUCCUUCAAAUAUAUCGAGACUUUGGAUUUUCUUUCUACUUGAUGAAGUUGGAGCAUGAACAGCUGCAGGUUCACUGAAGAUCAACGAAAGACUGUCAUCACAAAAUGACAUGAACUGUUGUGAUGAAGUCCAUAUUGUAUUAUUUACAGUACAAUAAUUAGGGACUUCCAAUCACUGAUAUUCAGUGUUGGGGAUGAGAUGAAUAUUUUUUUUCUUUUUCUUGAAAUGAUUAUUUGUGUUGCACUGCUGAUGGAAGAGUCGCACUGCGGCAUUAUUUUAAGUUUAUAAUUAUAAACAGGAGUAAUUUGACUCCUGUUGGUUCCUUAUUGCCCCCUAAAAGCUUUUGUUAAAACACAUUUGAGUUAUUUUUGACUUUAACUGGGUUAAACACCCAGUGAGAUUGGCAAUAAAUAAAGAUUUACAUUUUAAUAAAGAUAUUUAUUAUUACUAUUGUUUGGCCAAACAAGAUGCCUCAGAGGUCCAUUUUUAAUUUUUUAAUAAAUUAAUAAAGUUUGACUUCUUGAA